UUAGUGGGUUUUCAAACGAUAUGAUCCCGCCAAUAAUGUUUUCUUUAAAAUUUUUCCUCAAUAAAAAAAUAUCCUUCCUCCCACAACCUUUAUAUCUCGACAACCACAAUUUUUUGACCUGUACAGCUGCUCAAUCUUCCUUGAUAAUCAUAAUAAACUGGAGUAUUUCACUUGUUUCUUUUAUUUUUGAAACAUUCCAUCAAGACUUUUCUAAAACAUUAUCGCAUUUACAUUUCGAGGAUGUCUCUGUCCACCCUCAGACUUGGUAAAUGGGUACCGCACCGCGGUACUAUUCUUGAAACUCCUCUCGCAGAUGUUCCUUAUCCUGCAGUCGACAUCACACCUGUCGAAGCUUAUGGCAUUCCUGGAUUGUCGAAGGAGAUUUAUGAUGCGAUGCGUACUUUCUUCAACGAAUUGGAUCUGUAUAACGCACUUGACAUCAACCCAUGGUGUGAGCUGCAGGAUUCCGAAUACUUUGGUCUUGGCACACCUGAACGUCAAAUUCUGCUUCAUUUUUAUGAGUAUGUAACGUCUGCUCUGUAGUACGGUCUUAUCUAAUAUGCAAUCACAGGCAACACACUGAUCGGAAAGGUGUUUUCGUCAGAGACGCCUAUGUCAGCAGAAUAUUUCUUGCCCCAUUGGAUGAGUUUGGGGACAAACAGAUGUUGGCCGUCGCAGGCUUCACCAAUUUGUGUCUGGAGCCUCUUAAUGUCGAGCAUCGAAGGAUGAUGAACGGCUCAUGGGAUGGAAAUUGCAGAAUUCUUCCGACGAAUAUUGGGGUGGCUCCCUGCUUUGCCUUAGGGAAAAAGCACCUAUCACUGCCCCUGCCUGUUGCUCCCAAGCCAAAGAUCCCACGUCCCGCCAAUGAGUGGAUUCUUUAUCGUGCUGAUAACCAUCUUCCCAUCAAGAAAGCCUAUCCAGGUAUCACUAAUAACGAGAUUUGUAAGUUUCCCAUUUGAUAUAUGCUUCACUUCAAUCUUCUAAGUUUUUUUUCUAGCUUCGAUUAUCGCCGGCAUGUGGGCUGCAGAAACUCCAGAGCGGCGUUUGAAGUACAAGAUUCGUGCCGAUCUGUUGAAGCAAGCUCAUAAGAGGGCUCACCCUACCUACAAGUACGCUCCCAGGAAGCCAAAUGAGAAGAAGCGACGUGCAUCCAAGAAGACGCUCACCAAACCAACCACUAAUCAAUUAUCCGACAACAUCAAUACCACCACCUCCUCCAUCAGCUUUCCUACUGCAAACAACAACUAUAUUGAUAAUUCUGAUCUAAAUACAUUUGGACUCAAUAUUCAUAUAGAUCACUCUAAUGAUACAGAACAACGACUUCAACCCGAAAAGUGCAGACUUACAUAUGAUGAUGAAUCAAUAGGUAUGAAUUUCACAUCAACAAAAUCUUGGCAAAUGGUCCAACAGCAGGAUCUCUACAACUUCUUCUCUCCUCAAUUAUAAUUUUGGGAGUUAUAGAAAGUGAUGAUGUCCAAAUCUGUUAAGGUAGUGCUAGCGAUGUGUGCUGAAAAUGAACGGAUAUCUGGUGGAAAAGUUUGACGAAGACAGACAAUCCCUUCUUCAUUUGUUUCGAGUGUCCAAUUGAGAUUGACAAGGUAAUCAUUAACAGCAAGGAUACCAAUAUAAGGACAUACAAGAACAAGAAAUUCAGAGACGGUUCUCUUGACAUUAGCGUCUCUCAUAAGGGUAUAAGCGCGAGCAAGGAUAGACCAU